AUGGGUUUCUUCAAGAACUACCGUGUCUAUGUCCUCACCUCGGUGGCCUACCUUGGCUCCCUGCUCUUCGGAUUUGACACUGGUGUUAUGGGCAGUGUCCUCGCCUUGUCCAGCUUCAAAGAGGAUUUUGGCCUCCCGACCGACUCCAGUGGCUUUGCGUCCUCAAAGAACGCCCAGGUGUCUUCCAAUGUCGUGUCUCUGCUCACUGCCGGUUGCUUCUUCGGCUCCAUCAUUGCUGCCUAUCUCAAUGACCGGAUCGGCCGCCGCUUCUCCCUGAUGAUUUUCUCUUUGGUGUUCUUGGUCGGUGCCGCCGUCCAGGUUGGCGCCCACCAUGCCAUUGGGGUGAUCUACGGUGGUCGUGUCAUCGCAGGCCUGGGAAUCGGGGGAAUGUCCGCUAUCACUCCAGUCUUUGUCAGCGAAAACUGCCCUCCAGAGAUCCGCGGUCGAGUCGCUGGUUUGUUCCAAGAAUUCCUCGUGAUUGGUAGCACCUUUGCGUACUGGCUUGACUACGGCGUCUCUCUGCGCGUUGCGCCGGGCACUAAGCAGUGGCGCAUCCCCGUCGCCAUUCAGCUGAUCCCCGGUGGUCUCAUGCUUAUUGGCUUGUUCUUUUUGACAGAAUCACCGCGAUGGCUGAUGGGCCAGGGUCGCCAUGACGAGGCUCACGCUUCGCUUGCAUACAUCCGCAACGAGCCUGCAGAAAGUGAGUCGGUCUUGAAAGAACUGGCCGAGAUCCGUGCCGCCCUCGAGGAAGAAAUGUCCAUGACCGAGGGCGUGACCUGGAAGGAAGCCCUUUCCAAGGGCACCCGCGAGCGCUUCAUCCUCGCCUUUUGUAUCAUGUUCUGGCAGCAGUUCUCAGGUACCAACAGUAUCGGGUACUACGCGCCGCAAAUCUUUCAGACUGUCGGUGUUAGCAAGACAAACUCGUCUCUUUUUGCUACGGGUGUGUACGGCAGUGUCAAGGUUGUGAUGACUCUGAUCUUUUUGCUCGUCGGUAUCGACUUUAUUGGCCGAAAGAAGGCGCUGGUAGGAGGUGCCAUGUGGAUGGCUGCCAUGAUGUUCAUUAUCGGCGCUGUGCUGGCCACACACCCUCCUGACACCGACAGCAGCUCUGUCUCGCCUGCAUCCAUGGGCAUGGUUGUGAUGAUCUAUCUAUAUGUCAUUGGAUACUCUGCAUCGUGGGGUCCCACACCGUGGGUAUAUGUCAGCGAAAUCUUCCCCACCCGCCUCCGUGCCUACGGCGUCGGCCUCGCCGCCGCCACGCAAUGGCUCUUCAACUUCGUCAUCACUGAAAUCACCCCUCGCGCCGUGAACCACAUUGGCUGGCGCACUUUUUUAAUGUUCGGCAUCUUCUGCCUGGCCAUGGGCGUGUUUGCGGUUUUAUUCAUCAAGGAAACCAAGGGCCGCAGCUUGGAGGAUAUGGAUGUGCUGUUUGGCACUGUCGAUCAGGUCCAACGUAACGCCGAUGUCGAGCAGGUUUUGGGUAAGACUCGGGUCGCGCAUAUGGAAGAUGCAGAGGAGGAGGAAAGAGCACAGAGGAAUAAUUCUACUGCUGCUGCCAAGGAGACUAGGGCCGAGACUCAGUAA